UCAAUGGCCUCCUCUACAUUUCUCAUAUGUUUUACUGUUAUUAACCUUGCAUUUGCAGAGGCUAAGGUCUACAUGGUUUUAAUGGAGGAUGAGCCUACUUUCUCUCUCUCAAACAAACAAAAAUACCACAGGGUUGACGAUGAUUACAUUGUAUACAAAGAGAAAAUCCAUAAUAGUCACACCAGUUUCUUGGAAUCUCACUUAAAAAAAGGAUCCUAUACCAAACUCUACAGCUAUACUCAUUUACUCAAUGGCUUUGCAGUCCAUGUUACUUCAGACGAGGUUCUCAGCACCCUGCGAAAUGCAACCGGGGUUCGGUUGAUCCACGAAGAUGUCAAAAUCGAGAAGCUUACUACGCAUACACCUGAUUUUCUUGGAAUCUCAACUCAUGUGUGGCCAAGAUUAGGAGGUGCGGAGAGUUCCGGUGAGGGUGUCGUAAUAGGUUUCGUCGACACCGGGAUAAAUCCUGAGCAUCCCAGUUUUAUGACAAGUUCUUCUUCGAGGUUUCUGAAUGGCACAAAGUUUAAAGGGAAAUGCACUUCUGGGGAGAAAUUCCCUUCAACAGCAUGCAAUGGGAAGAUAGUAGGUGCUCAAUAUUUUGCACAUGGAGCAAUGGCUAAUGGUGAGUUUAACUCCACUCGCGACGUCCCAUCCCCGUAUGACGCAGAUGGCCAUGGAAGCCACACAGCAUCCAUAGCUGCAGGGAGCUCCAAUGUUUCAGUGAUUGUCAAUGGCUUUGAUUAUGGUACUGCAAGUGGAAUGGCUCCAGGAGCUAGGAUUGCUGUGUAUAAAGCUAUUUAUGCUUUUGGAGGGUACAUGUCAGAUGUUGUGGCUGCAGUUGAUCAGGCAGUUGAAGAUGGAGUUGAUAUACUUAGCCUCUCUGCUGGUCCAUCUAGUGUUCCUUCUGGGGAUUCUGCUUUCCUCAAUGUUCUAGAACUGCAGCUCCUGUUUGCAAUCAAAGCCGGUGUUUUAGUUGUUCAAGCUGCUGGAAAUGGUGGCCCUUUUUCGAGUUCAGUCAUUUCGUUUAGCCCUUGGAUCACUAGUGUUGCUGCAUCCAUCACUGAUCGCAAAUAUAACAAUACCAUCUUACUGGGAAAUGGUCAAAACUUCAGUGGAUCCGGCAUUUCUCCUCCCACAGAAGGAGAAAUUAAUUACCAAGUGGCUGCAGCAGCUGAUGUAUGUGUGAGGACUGCUACCGCCAUCACAAUAGAUUGCUGUCAAAAUCCAGAACUUUUCAUCCAAACUUUGGUCUACGGAAAGCUUAUUAUCUGCACAUAUACAUUCGAAUAUGAAUAUGAGUCUGCGAGCAUUGCAGCUGUUGCAGACAACAUGAAGCAAAUAGGAGCAGCAGGUUUUAUAAUCACAUUGGAUCCAAAUUUAGGUUCUGUUGUAAUCAAUGGAACCAUGGUGACCCUGCAGAUCCCUGCCAUUAUCCUCAACAACAUGCAAGCUUCGUCGGCUUUAUGGGAGUAUUACAAUUCGAAUACUGUCAGGGACAUGAGGGGACAGGCAAUAAUAUUUGCUGCAAAAGCAAGAAUAUUAGAUGGAAGGCAAGCAUUUUAUACGGGGAAGGCUCCGGUUGUGGCAUCCUACUCUUCUCGAGGUCCCGAUGUGCAAAAUUCACUUAUGCAAACUGCUGAUGUCCUUAAACCAAAUGUCAUGGCCCCUGGCUCCUCUAUUUGGGCUUCAUGGAGUCCUGACAGUGAAGGAGAUAAAUACAUCAAAGGGCAAAAUUUUGCACUUAUAUCUGGUACAAGCAUGGCUACUCCUCAUAUUGCUGGCAUAGCUGCUAUGAUCAAACAAAGACAUCCUAAAUGGGGUCCGGAUGCUAUCACAUCUGCAAUGAUGACAACCGCGGAUAGAACUGAUCAUUCGGGUGCUCCCAUUCUAGCUGAAUCGUUAAGCGAACUUACUGAAGCUACUCCAUUUGAUUUCGGGGCGGGUUCUAUCAAUGCAUCUCAAGCCAUCAAACCAGGGCUCAUAUUCAAUGCCACUUUCAAACACUAUGUUGAAUUUCUUUGUGCUGUUCCAGGUCUGGAUCGUGAGGCCGUGAAACGAGCAGUAGGGGUUAGUUGCUCAAGUAAAAGGAAGUUCAAGUGCUCGGAUUUGAACACAGCAAGUGUAACAAUCUCAAAUUUAGUCGGGAAAAGAAAGGUGAUUCGAUAUGUAAAAAACGUGAGUGACAAGGAUAAAUACACAGUACAUAUAAAGGAGCCAUUAGGUGUAAACGUUACUGUAGUCCCAGAGACAUUCAAAAUCAAAAGGAGAGGUUCAAAGCGCCUACGGUUCUUAUUUCAAGCGACUGAGACAACAAAUGCUUACACAUUUGGGGAAAUGGUAUUAAAGGGUAAGCAGCACACUGUUAGAGUGCCUUUAGCUGUUUAUGUGGCUUCUGCCUCAAGUUCUUGAUAUUUUCAUCUCCCCCUUCCCCCCCCCCCCUUUUCAUUCAAGCAGAUGAUGCAAUGUUU